GGGCAAGAUGGCGGCGCCCUUCUGCCGGGCGUUGCUAAGCGGCGCUGCUACGAUGCGAGCUACGAGUUCUUCCCGCGCCGGCUGGCGGGGCUUUUCCGGCUCCGCGCCUACCGCGUCGAAAUGGAGGCUCCACGGGGCGCUUUGCUUGCAGAGGCCGCCUCGCGUCACCCAGGCGAUGAGCCCCGAGGAGGAGGAAAUGGCUGAGUUGCUGCAGCAGAUAGAGAUGGAGAAAAGCUUGUAUUCAGACCACGAACUGCGCUGCUUGGCAGAGGAGGAGCGUCUGCAGAGAAGGAAAGACAAGUAUGACGACGACGAUGACGACAGCGAGACGGAGAUUGUGCUGGCCCAAGAUCUCGAAGAAAGUUGGGAGCAGAAAUUCCGGAAGUUCACUCCUGGCCCGCGGAUAAUAGAUGCUGAUAAAAACAACGAUCGGACAUCUUUGAACAGGAAGUUGGACCAGAACCUGCUGUUGCUGGUUAAGCAGAAGGUUGGCAAUCAGGAGAUUUGGCUUUUACCCCAAACAGAGUGGAAAGAUGGGGAAACUCUUCGAGCCACAGCAGAACGGGCCUUGUUUACCUUUUCAGGAACCAGUGUUGAGGCCAAGUUUCUUGGGAAUGCGCCAUGCGGCUUUUACAAAUACAAGUUACCCAAAGCGGUCCAGACAGAAAGCGGCAUAGGAGCCAAGGUGUUCUUCUUCAAAGCCGUCCUGCAAGGCAACCAUCUGCCUUUACCAAAGGAGAAAACAGACUACGUGUGGGUCAGCAAAGGGGAGCUGACGGACUACUUGAAACCGGAGUACCACUCCCAAGUUGCCCGGUUCUUGGUGGACUUGUGAACGCAGGAGCUGUGCCCCAUCCCGACGUCAAGACAACAGGGAGCAGUCUUGUGCCGGAGAAGAUGAUCCUGAGGGUUUUGUUCGUCGUUUUCAUGCAUUUACAGGAGUCCUGUUUGGCCAGGGACCAGGCCCCCGUUUUGCUGUUGCCUCUGCUGAAUAAAGAGUCUAACAGAUGUCAAA